AUGGCCAUGGCUCUAUUCCGGGGCUCCCGCACGGCUCUCUUCGGCUGGAACAAGCAUGUGGACUGUGCAUUCGGGUGUGUGCGGACCAUGGCCUCCAAAACUCCUGUGGGCUUCAUCGGGGUGGGGAACAUGGGAACCCCUAUGGCCACCAACCUGCUGAAGAACGGCUACCCGGUCAUCUGCACAGACGUGUUCCCCGAGUCCUGUAAGGAGCUGCAGGACAUGGGCGCACAGGUGGUAGACACUCCGGCUGACGUGGCAGACAAAGCAGACCGCAUCAUCACAAUGCUGCCCUCCAGUCCCAAUGUGAUUGACGCGUACAUGGGAAACAACGGCAUCCUCAAGAAGGUGAAGAAAGGCACCCUGCUGAUUGACUCGUCAACCAUCGACCCGUACGUGUCCAAGGACAUGGCAGUGACGGCGGAGAAGAUGGGGGCAGUGUUCAUGGAUGCCCCGGUGUCCGGAGGUAAGCCACACAGCCACUGCGGUGUCACCACAGACACUACGCAACAGCAUGGUUAA